CGCAGCUCCUUCAGUCACUUCUCGUGCAUGAACUGCAUAAUAUGUAAGUCUGUAGUAUCACUAACUGAAAAACUACUGCAUAUAUAUGUAAAUCUGUAGCAAUCUUUUUACAUAAUCAAACUGAGUUCAGUUUUCUCUGGAACCCAUUCAAUCCCAAUGGAUCUUAAUCUCCUAAGAGUCUACUGAUUGAAGCAAAGGAUUGUGUGUGUACCUGGUACAAGCAAGGAGAUUGAAUCCCCAUCAUCCAAUUAGUGAGGGCACUUCCGUUCCUGAUCUAGGCAGCAAUUGGAGGGCACCUCCCAUUGUUUUCUUGCUGGUCUAGUAACCCUGUGGAGAUGAUCAAAGAAUGGGGGUCUGCUGCUGAUUCCAUUGUUAUACAGACUAGGUCCAGUCUAGUUCAGAAUCAACAAGAAAUUUCAAAGUUUUGCUAUCUAUUCAUACAAAUUGUCAGUUAAGCUUUGUCAAAUAGUUACCUAGUUAUACAAACUACAGUUUAGAAUUGUCAAAAGUUGUUAGUACGAAAAGUGUGUUACUUAACCUCCAUGACAUUGUUCUCCUGUUCAGGAAUCUAAACAAGUGAUGUUGUCUUCUUUACUUUGUUGUUGCUUGUUUCAGGCCAAUGUAUACUCAUCCACCUGAUGGUUUUCUUAGUUUAUCAGGCAGUCCACGAACCCCACCAUUCCAGCCAAUGCACUAUCCAUCUUAUGUCCCGCCUCCUCAACAAGAGCAACAGGAGAGUCUCCAUUUUGUCGGUGUCCCCUCACAUGUUGCAUUCUCAACGCCGCUGCCACCGCAACCACCGCCACCAGUUCAUAGUAAAAGGAAAAAAAAACAUCCGAGUCUGCUUCAGGUAGAGGUUCUUUACAAAAAAAAAACCCAUGUUGUAGAGCUUGAAGAUGAUCCAGAGCCUUCAAGGUGUGCGCAGCGUCUGAAUUGGAUACAACAGGAAGAGAAGAGAUUGGCAAGCACUUGGUUGGAACUUUCAACUGAUCCCAUUGAAGGGAAUGGCAACAAGAGAGAUAAGUAUUGGGAUGACAUAGCUGUUCAAUAUAACAGUCUCACCCCCGCAGAUCGUCAUAGAGAUGUCGUGCAAUUGAAGAGCCAUUUUCAAAAGGUGAAGAGAAAGAUCAACAUUUUCCAUGGUGCAUAUAAUGCUAUGUGUAAGCUAUACACUCGUGGUUAUGGUGAGGAGCAGCUACAGGCCUUCGCCUUGGAGAAAUAUGAAGCCAACCAACAAUCAGCUUUCCAACAUUUGACAAUGUGGAGAGAACUUAAGGACAACGGAAAGUGGCUUGCAGCAAUGAAAACAAUGAAUGGGGAGCAAGAUAAAACAGAUAUAACAUCUGGUGCUAUUGAUGUGGAAGAUGAGGAGCGCCCUCCGGGUCGUGAUACAUCUAAGGAUGAGCGUGAUGGUAAACGCAAACCGUAGGAGUCGGUUACUUUGCUUGGAGAAAAACUUGGCACUUUUAUUGAGACCCAGAAAAGGUCUAGGCUGGAGCGGCAGAAGGUUAUAGAUAGCCAACAUCAACUCUCAAGUCAGCAGCUUGAAACCGCUAAACUUGCCAAGGAGACAAAAUUGACUGAGCUCUACCAGAAGUUAUUGUUUGCUGAUACAAGUGCCAUGGAUGACGAUGCGAAAGUUGAGCGUGCCAAGGCAAUGGCAAGUCUGAGGUCUAUACUAUUUCCAAAAGAAAUGUGAGGUUUAUGCUAUUUCCUUAUUCAUGUUAACUCUGUAGUGUGACAGAACUCAUUGAUCGAAUCUAUUAGAUGAACUAUAUGCAUGUGGUGUAAGCAUGUCUCUACCUUGUGCUGGAUAUAUCAAGUGAGAUAUAAACCUAUGUUAUUUCUAUUUUCUCAAGGAAA